UGCCUCAUCAGCGGAAGUACGUGUUACACGUUAAUGGCAGCGACCUUGCUUAAAGUGUGGUGUUUAUGAGAGCACAGUGUUUCGCUAAUAAUUUUAAAAUGCUUGUAUAUGAAGCAAACGAAGUGACAUUUUGGUGUUUAUAGUGUCGCUUUGUACAACAUGAUCUCCCUCGUUAAAGCUGCAGUCGGCGGACUGACGGGAAUCUGCAGAGCUCACAAUCACCAGCUAGCUCCUUUGCAAAGCUGCUUGAAAGUCUGCGCUGCUGGGCUGAAGACGUAUCAAAUCACUCCAGACUACAGCAAUGUUGUGCUGCCAGAGAAACCUAAACUGAAGUUUCUGAACAAGGUUCCUAACCUAAAAAAGGCCAAGAAAGAGACUAAGAAGCUGCGGGAUAUCCAAGGACCAGCCAGGGCAGCAAAUUCUUUUACUUCUGGGCAGUAUGCGAUUGUUGCCUUGGGCGGAGGCUACCUGCACUGGGGUCAUUUAGAGAUGAUGCGUCUAACAAUUAACCGAAAGAUAGAUGCCCGCACAACGUUUGCUCGGUGGCGUAUUAAUGCCCCCUACAAGCCAAUCACGCGCAAAGGCCUGGGCCAGCGCAUGGGCGGAGGUAAAGGAGCCAUCGACCAUUACGUGACACCAGUCCGGUACGGACGUUUGAUCGUGGAGCUGGGAGGAAAGGUGGAGAUGGGAGAGGUUGAGCAUAUCUUGAUUGAAGUGGCCAAGAAGCUGCCCUUUCCUGCUAAGGUAAUGAGCAGAGAGGGCCUGGAAGAAAUGCAGAGAAAGCAGAAAGAGAUGGAGGAGACAAACCAGAAUCCCUGGACCUUUAAGCGGAUAGUUGAAGGCAACAUGUUGGGCAUUAGGAAGGUGCUUAGUCCAUUCGACCUGCGCAACCACGGACGCUUUACAGGCAAAUUUCACUUUCCAGAAAGGGUGUGAGGGAGCUGGGGGACAGCUGACAUCAUCCAGACUACAUCUGAAGACCCAACUAGAAUCUAGUUUCUCAUUUUCAGGAAUAUCUUGUUUUUUGGUUUUUUUAUGAAACAUUUUGUUGUAUUUUUCUUUUUUGCUUAUAUUAACCAAUGUCUUAUGUUAUGUUUGUUAUUAUAAGCAACAAAUAAAACAUAGGAUAAGUAAAAA